GGAGACAACAAGGAAAUGGGACGUACCCGGCAGCAGUGACUUGUUUCUAUAAAGUCUGCUGUUUGUGGCGUAAACAUUGCUACAAGAACAGAGAAGUGUAGUAAACCUAUCAGGAUACACCCGUCCAUAGAGGUACAAUGAUGAACCGCUGUGGUCUGCUAACUCUCCAGAAGGAACCAGUUCCUCUGAAGAGCAUUGAGGUGGAGCUGGAGGUGAGGGACCAUGUGGCUACGGUGGUCUCCACUCUGAACUACGAGAAUAAGGAGGACAAACCAUUAGAGGCUGUUUUUGUCUUCCCUCUGCCUGGAGAUGCUGCUGUCUGUCAUUUCAGUGCUAAGAUCGGACAGACACAGAUUGUAGCUGAGGUGAAGGAGAAGCAGAAGGCUCGUGAGGAGUAUGAUGAUGCUCUGAGCUCUGGUCAGCAGGCCUUCCUAUUGGAGGAGAGUGAUCAGAGUCCAGAUAUAUUCUCUCUGAGUGUGGGCAGUCUGCCUCCAGGAGAGAGCGCCUCCAUCAGGUUGGAGUACGUGACUGAGCUGGCUGUGCAGGCUGAUGAUGGUCUGAGGUUCUGUCUGCCUGCUGUGCUCAACCCUCGAUACCAGCCUCAGGGUAGUGAAGGUGCAGGAGUCCAGGUGACUUCUGUUCCAGCCUCUCUGGUGCCCUACAGUCUGUCUUUCUCUGCCCGAGUGUCCUCUCCUCGUCCAAUCUCUAAAGUAGAGUCCAACUGUUCCCUGGACCCUCUCCAGUACCUCAACACUGAUCAAACCCAGGCCACGGUCAAGUUGGCUGCAGGACACAAGUUUGACAGAGAUGUUGAACUGCUGAUUUAUUACAAAGACGCCCACCAGCCCACUGCUGUGGUGGAGGCAGGACAGGCCUCUGCUGAGCCAGGCUCUCUGAUGGGUGAUCCAGUAGUGAUGGUGAGUCUGUACCCUGAGUUCCCCCAGUCUGUGAUGUCUUCAAUGGCUUCAUGUGGAGAGUUUGUGUUCUUAAUGGAUCGAUCUGGAAGUAUGGGCUGUCCUAUCACAAACAGCAAGCAGCAAGAAACUCGCAUCAGCAGUGCCAGGGAUACUCUGCUGCUCCUGUUGAAGAGCUUACCAAUGGGCUGCUAUUUCAACAUUUACAGUUUUGGGUCUGGAUAUGAACACAUCUUCCCUAAGAGUGUGGAGUACAGCCAGCAGACCAUGGAGGAGGCUCUGAAGACAGUUGAGCAGAUGCAGGCUAAUCUUGGAGGAACCGAGAUCCUGCAGCCCCUCAAACAUAUUUACAGCCAGCCCUGCAUUCCCAAUCAGCCUAGACAGCUGUUUGUCUUUACUGAUGGAGAGGUGGGGAACACCAAAGAAGUGAUAGAUUUGGUGAAGACUAAUUCAGGUUCUCACAGGUGUUUCUCUUUUGGGAUUGGGGAAGGGGCCAGCUCUGCUCUCAUCAAUGGGAUGGCCAAAGAAGGAGGAGGUCACGCUCAGUUCAUCACAGGGACUGACAGGAUGCAACCAAAAGUGAUGCAGUCGCUGCGAUUUGCUCUGCAGCCGGCUGUGGUCGACAUCUCAGUCACAUGGGAUUUACCAAAGGAAGUGUCUGUCACUGUCCUCUCUCCACCAAUCACAGCACUUUUCCAGGGUCAGAGGUCGCUGAUUUAUGCCCAGCUCACUGGACAGAGCUCAGAGGCAGCAGAGGGCUGUGUGACAGUGAAGUACAGCCUGGCAGGUCAUCCCUCUGAGAACCAGCUGCACUUCAGUCUCAGACCUGCAGAGGACACUGGGCUAACAGUCCACAGGUUGGGUGCUCGGGCUCUGAUUCGCUCCCUGGAGAUGCAGGAGAGAGAGAACAGAGGACAGCAAGAUGGAGGAGUGAAGGAGAAGGUGGUGAAGCUCAGUGUCCAAUCAGGAGUGAGCAGUUCUUUCACUGCCUUCAUUGCUGUCAACAAAGACAACAGCGAAAUGAUUCAAGGACCUCUUGUGCGCAGAAAUAUUCCAACACCCGGUGUCUUCGGCAUGGCACAGUGUUCAGCAGGAUUUAUGAGGAAGAUGGCCAGGCCAAUGUGUGCUCCAGUGCCCAUGAUGUGCAUGGCUGCUGCUCCAUCCGCUAUUAUGUGUGACUCCGUGGCAAUGUGUGACACAAUUACCCAGAGGUCUAGCUUUGGAGGAGGAGUUUUACAUGACAUUGCUGCUGCCCCCGAGCAGCCACCCAGAGACCCUUUGCUGCACUUAGUCUCCCUGCAGGGGGCGUCUGGCUGCUGGCUGCUUGAUCCAGCUCUGGCUACUGCACUGGGAAAGACCAACGAGGAGGUGGAAAAGUCAAAGCCUGAAAAGGCCAGCAGUGAAGUGUGGGCCACCAUUCUGGCUCUGCUCUGGCUUCAUGGUUUCAAGAUGGAUGCAAAGGACGAGUGGGAGCUUCUGGCUAUGAAGGCUGCCUCAUGGCUCCGUGCUCAGAAUGCGCCGUAUGUGACAGAGUGUGUGGAUGCUGGAAAUGUCCUGUUGGGUUGCAGCGUGAGGAAAGAAGCUCUGGGCCUCUGAGGGUUUUCUGAAAGUGGAUUGGUGAACAGAAGCAUUUCUACUUACACCGUACUGCAUUUGACUCAGUGUUGCUUUGUGAAAUCUAACAUUUUAUAAUUGUUAUAAAAACAGAAUUGUUGUUUGGUUAUAAAAUGUUAUUUUACAUUUGAGCCCAAUUUGACUUUAAUGUUCAGAAUUAUCUGAAAACCCAUAAUACACAGUAAAGAUUAGACAUCUACUGUGUGUGUAGGUGUGUGUGUGUCUCCAUUCUUUUUCUCUCCCACUAGAUGGUGAUAAUGUGCAUACUUGGUUACUUUUGACUUGUUUCACAAACCAAAGCCAAUUUCAGCCAUUCCACUUCCUUCAGUUCAGGAUGCUUGUGAGAUACUUUUAACAACGGGAAAAAUUAAGGAAAGUCAGUGAAGAUGUAGGAAGGAGAAUUUUAGAUUUGGAUAAACUAAACAACUGCAAACUGUGAUUAUCAGUUUGAAAAAAAUGUAUGUAUGAAAAAGUUAUUUGGAUGUUCAUCCUGAUGGGACGUUCAGGAACACCUAAGCAUCCCAACUCAUCAGCAGUACGUACACUAACAGUGUUUUGAUCACAUUUAAAUUUAAUAAGUACUUUUUUAUUAUUCUGUGGAAUUGAGGAUGGCAAACAGAUUUUUCUGUGUAAGAAAAAAUGUACAGCUGGUGAUGAAAAAGCAGGCAUCACAAGCAAUUCUUUAAAAAAAUACUGCAGCAAUGUUUUAAAACGGGGUACAACUAAGACAUAUUUACUGUUGUGAAACAUUGAUAAACUGGUUGUUGACAAAGACUUGCAAUGGUUUGGAGGUGGAGCUUCCCUCGCAGUUUUCUUUACCUUCACAAGUCAGGUUAGUUCUUCCUGAUGUAUGGAAACAAAAUGUAAAAUUCAACAAGUUAAAGUGUAGAUACAUCUGUCUGUUUCUCACACUCACUUGAUCCUUUUCCUACUGUAAAUAUGUCUUAAAGUGCUCAGAGCUCAAGUGGGACUUAGCAGUUCACACCAGUUAACCAAAUAAUCUGUCUAGGAUGCUGGAGUACCCGGAAACAACAUGCAAAUUUCUUAGUUAUUGGUGCGAGGUGACAGUGUUAAACAUCACAUCAACAUGCUGCCCGAAAUACAGACAAGCGUCUGGAAAUCAACUCACAGGAAAGUCCAGAUGAGGAUCCAGUUUCUCUUACUCGAUCUGAAAAGUGAUCCUUAAUAAAACAGCUCAAGUACCUCAUCUCUUUGCAGCUUGUCUAAUGUGGCUUGAAUACUUUUGAGACAUACCUAGACUACUAUCACAAUAAUUAAGUUUUUUCAUGACUUAAUUUGGUACAGAAGUUGUUCUCUAUUUGCUUGUUUGUCCUACCAAACACAUCAUCCAAGAAAUAAAGCAGAAGAAUAUUGACUUAUAGAUUUCUUAUUUAAAUAUCUACCAACACAAAAAGUAUUCACAAGUUUUAUUAUUUUUUUCCUCUUUUGCUAUAUUGUAUAAUUUCAAUUAUACAAAGUAAAUCUUAAGAAUUUACUGCAUACAUAAUCAUUCUGUGGUAAUGACAGCUCAUUGCAUCUGCUUGGACUUGAGGAUUUGCUGUCAGUCUGAAAAAUCUGAUAGAAAUGAAAGCUGGGAUAUGCAUGGGACUCGCUUUAUGGAGCUGUUGACCUCAUUCCUUAUUUGACUACAGAAACAAACCCACCAAAACACCCUAAACACACUCCGGAUAUGCAAUGCGAAUACAAUUUUUAAAAUGUAACAAAAUAAGAAUAAGUAAUAAAGGCUUAAAUGAGGGAAUACAAACAUAUUGUGUGACGUGGAUCAUUAUUAAUGUAAGUACUAUCUAUCCAUCUGGUUCAACCUAACACAGCACAUGAAAAAUCUACCAGAAAUAGUUAAUCCUGUUGAUUAAAUGUUAUUGUUACAUCCAAUCACCUUUUGGCUUCUUCAUGAAAGAGCUGCUCUCUCUGUAUUCCAUGUUUGCCACACCUGAACAGCAUUCUGCUCAUUUGUGUACAUCCAUAUCCAGCUCCAGCAACAACACUGGGCUCUGUGUUUUGUAGUUGCAUGACUAGUGCUGGUCAGUGUGAACUGGACGUCCUCUUGGAAAGUGAAAUAUGGUUAACCUGUGGAAUCUGUCCUACUGUUAAAGUGUUUAUAUGUAUCAUAAUAAUUUGUCAACGUUCCUUAAAAACCUCAAAAUUAA